UAUUGGCGGGAAAAAAGUAAACAAAGAAAACGACGCAAACAAGUGGCUGAAGAUGGAUAAAUUUUUAAUAAAAAUGCCGAUUAAAGCGAAAAACAAUGACAUUCUAGAAGAGAAACCGGUUGUUAAAAAUGAGACAUCCAAGCCAGCGGCUAAACAGUCGAAUAAAAACACUAUUGUUCAGGUUAAGGAGAAGGAAAACGCUCAGGCUAACGAAUCGCCAAAGCAGGGAAGAGCGGGACGAAAAGCCAAGCCAGCGGUCAAGCGAAAGAAUCUGGAUACUCCCGAAGUAAAUGAGGAAAAGGAGACCGCGGAGAGCGAGAACCCGCCCAAGCGUCGCAGUGGCCGCUUGACUCGAAGCACGCGAUCCAUGGCCGAGGAUGGAACACCCUCGCCGGAGAAGGUGGUGCCCGAGAAGCUGCCGUUUAUCAAGUACCGCGGAGAGAUCAAGUACUUCACAGAGAACCAGGACAUUGCCGCAUCCGCUGAUGAUGUGAUGCAAUGGGUGGACAAGCAGACCGAUGCGGAUGUGGUCCCCAUGGCAUUCGACAUGGAGUGGCCCUUCUCAUUCCAGACUGGACCUGGCAAAUCCUCCGUCAUUCAAAUCUGCGUGGACGAGAAGUGCUGCUACGUCUAUCAGUUGAGCAACUUGAAGAAACUGCCGGCGGCCCUGGUGGCCCUGAUCAAUCAUCCCAAAGUGCGCCUGCAUGGCGUCAACAUAAAAGCGGACUUUCGGAAGUUGCAGCGCGACUUUCCCGAGGUGUCCGCCGAUGCGCUAAUUGAAAAGUGCGUCGAUCUGGGCGUGUGGUGCAAUGAGGUCUGCGAGACUGGCGGCCGCUGGAGUCUGGAGCGGCUGGCCAACUUUAUAGCCAAGAGGGCGAUGGACAAGAGCAAGAAAGUGCGAAUGAGCAAGUGGCAUGUCAUUCCACUCGACGAGAACCAACUGAUGUACGCGGCCAUUGAUGUCUAUAUUGGACAAGUCAUCUAUCGCGAUCUGGAGCAGCGCGAAAAGCAAAAACUGAUCAAUGAAUUGGCUUUUAAGGAGCAGAACGGAGAGGCUGCCUUCAAAGCAGUCAAGGGUCUGGGCGAAACAUUUCUCACGAAGAUCAAUGAAAUAACAUUGUGAGGGGACUCCACACAAUUUUGUGUCUCUUUUUUGCUGCAACGUAGCACUACUAUUCUUUUGACUACUGUACUUGUUAUUUAGGCAAUUUUUAUCAAAUUUAUUUAUUCCAGCAGGGAUUUUUUUAAACUGCAAGCAACUCUUAAUAUUCGAAUAGUAAUCUACAGUGCACGCUGACUCCCAUCUAGAUUAAGUUUACACAUCUCGUUUUUUCUACAUUUUUUCAACUUGCAAUAAAUUUUAAUUCGUAAAUUCGCAUA